AUGCUGCGCUCUGUUGCCAUGACAGCACAGAUUAUCUUAGCAACCUGGCUCCUGAUGAGCGGAGCACGGUGUGGCCCAAUUGUUCCGGUUUCGGAAAACCGGGAGAGGGAGCGUUUGGAGCGGGUUCUGACUCAGACCAAGGAAGGUGCUCUAAGCCCCAGUGCUCAGGAGCGACUGGAGGAGAUCAGCAGCCUUGGUCUGGAGGCAGUCAAAGGAUCCAACAAAACAAGCACAAGCCGAUCCAAGCUUAACUGGAACCCGCUGAUUAAAGGGUCCAAACCACAGGGGAAGACUACAGAACCCUGGACCCAACCAGACUCUCUGAAUCUAGCUGAUGAAGGUCCCACGGGGGAACCCAAUGUCUCUUUGGAUGCCAUUGAUGAGUAUGCUUACCCUGACUACAGGGGUAAAGGUUGCAUGGAUGAAACAGGCUUUGUGUUUGCCAUUGGAGAGAAGUUUACUCCAGGCCCCUCCACCUGCCCCUGUGUCUGUACAGAUGAAGGGCCUUUAUGUGCCCAGCCAGAGUGUCCUAAGGUUCACCCUCGCUGCCUGAGAGUGGACACGAGCCAGUGCUGCCCGCAAUGCAAGGAGAAGAAAAACUACUGUGAGUUUCGGGGCAAAACUUACAAUUCACUGGAGGAGUUUAAGGUGUCUCCAUGUGAGAAAUGCCGGUGUGAACCCAGUGGGGAGGUUCUGUGUACAGUAUCGGCCUGUCCACAGACUGAGUGUGUGGAUCCGGAAUAUGAGCCUGACCAGUGCUGCCCAGUGUGCAAGAGUGGGCCAAACUGCUAUGCUGACACGGCGGUGAUCCCCGCGGGCCGUGAAGUAAAGAUUGAUGAUUGUACCAUCUGCUACUGCACGUACGAGGAGGGCACCUGGCGCAUCGAACGCCAGGCCACCUGCAGCAAAAACGAGUGUCAGCCCAGCUAG